CGGCUCCUCCUCCCGCAGCCGCAUCUGGGGCGCCGCGCCGGCCGGAGGAGAGGCAUGGGGCGCCCGCGGGCCGGGGCCGGGGCGGGGGCUGGGGCCUAGGCGCGCGGACCUGCGAGCAGACCCGAGAGGCGGCGGCGGCGGCGGCGGCGGCGCAGCGGAGCGGCCAAACGGGCCGGAGGCGGCCGAAGCGCCCGGCGCAGGCACCCGUGCCUCACCUCUGCCAGGAACCUUGGGGCCCUGUGUGUGACCUGGACCUGGUGACCCCCGGGCGGUGGCAGAGCCCCUGUCCCGAGCUGCUUCCUGCCGGCACCUCUGAUCGAGUGCCUAGAGGGAUGUGUGUGCCAGCCCUCGGUCCAGUGCCCGCGCCUGAGCUGAUGCCUGCUGGGCCCCGACAGCUUGCUGUGUUUCCUGUGCUCAUAGCUCCCUGGUUGGAUAGCUGCCGCCCGGGAGAGGCGACCCGGGCGCCCUGCUAGGGUGACGGCCCCUGCCCUCGGCCCGGGAUCAUGAAAGGCCUCGGUGACAGCCGCCCCCGCCACCUCUCCGACAGCCUAGACCCACCCCACGAGCCCCUGUUUGCAGGGACCGACCGCAACCCCUACCUGCUGUCGCCCACGGAGGCCUUUGCCCGCGAGGCCCGCUUCCCUGGGCAGAACACCCUGCCGGGGGAUGGCCUCUUUCCCCUCAACAACCAGCUGCCCCCGCCCAGCAGCACCUUUCCCCGCAUCCACUACAACUCCCACUUCGAGGUGCCAGAGGAGAGCCCCUUCCCCAGCCAUGCUCAGGCCACCAAGAUCAACCGGCUGCCCGCCAACCUCCUGGACCAGUUUGAGAAGCAGCUGCCCAUCCAUCGUGAUGGCUUCAGCACCCUCCAGUUCCCCCGUGGUGAGGCCAAGGCCCGUGGUGAGAGCCCUGGCCGCAUCCGCCACCUGGUCCACUCAGUCCAGCGGCUUUUCUUCACCAAGGCACCCUCACUGGAGGGCACAGCGGGCAAGGUCGGUGGCAAUGGCAGCAAGAAGGGUGGCAUGGAGGACGGCAAGGGCCGGAGGGCCAAAAGCAAGGAGCGGGCCAAGGCUGGGGAGCCCAAACGCCGCAGCCGCUCCAACAUCUCAGGCUGGUGGAGCUCCGAUGACAACUUGGACGGUGAGGCCGGCGCCUUCCGCAGCAGUGGCCCAGCCUCCGGGCUGAUGACACUAGGCCGCCAGGCAGAACGCAGCCAGCCACGCUACUUCAUGCACGCCUACAACACCAUCAGUGGGCACAUGCUCAAAGCCACCAAGAACAACGCUACCGAGCUGACCGCCCCACCACCCCCGCCCGCACCCCCAGCCACCUGCCCCAGCCUUGGGGUGGGCACUGACACCAACUACGUCAAACGAGGCUCCUGGUCCACUCUGACACUCAGCCACGCCCACGAGGUCUGCCAGAAGACCUCGGCCACCUUGGAUAAGAGCCUGCUCAAGUCCAAAUCCUGCCACCAGGGUCUAGCCUACCAUUACCUGCAGGUACCCGGCGGCGGCGGCGAGUGGAGCACGACGCUGCUGUCCCCACGCGAGACGGAUGCCGCGGCCGAGGGCCCCAUCCCGUGCCGGCGCAUGCGCAGCGGCAGCUACAUCAAGGCCAUGGGCGACGAGGACAGCGACGAGUCCGGCGGCAGCCCCAAGCCCUCACCCAAGACCGCGGCGCGGCGCCAGAGCUAUCUGAGGGCCACGCAGCAGUCGCUGGGAGAGCAGAGCAACCCGCGCAGGAGUCUGGACCGCCUGGAUUCAGUGGACAUGCUGCUGCCCUCCAAGUGUCCAAGCUGGGAAGAGGACUACACCCCUGUCAGCGACAGCCUCAAUGACUCCAGCUGCAUCAGUCAGAUUUUUGGACAGGCCUCCCUGAUCCCCCAGUUGUUUGGCCAUGAGCAGCAGGUACGGGAGGCAGAGCUGAGUGAUCAGUAUGAGGCAGCCUGCGAGUCAGCCUGCAGUGAAGCAGAGUCCACAGCGGCAGAGACGCUUGACUUGCCACUGCCCAGCUACUUCCGCUCCCGCAGCCACAGCUACCUGCGUGCCAUCCAGGCAGGCUGCUCGCAGGAGGAAGACAGUGUCUCCCUGCAGUCCCUCUCCCCACCGCCCAGUACUGGCAGCCUCAGCAAUAGUCGCACGCUUCCAAGUUCAUCAUGCCUAGUGGCGUAUAAGAAGACCCCGCCACCGGUCCCUCCACGCACCACUUCAAAGCCGUUCAUCUCAGUCACAGUCCAGAGCAGUACUGAGUCUGCCCAGGACACCUACCUGGACAGCCAGGACCACAAGAGUGAGGUGACUAGCCAGUCGGGCCUGAGCAACUCAUCAGACAGCCUGGACAGCAGUACCCGACCGCCCAGCGUGACACGCGGUGGAGUCGCCCCAGCCCCUGAAGCCCCAGAGCCACCCCCAAAACAUGCAUCUCUGAAAAGUGAACAAGGGACGCUGACCAGCUCUGAGUCCCACCCCGAGGCCGCCCCCAAAAGGAAACUGUCAUCAAUAGGAAUACAAGAGAGGACUAGAAGGAACGGUUCCCACCUCUCGGAGGACAACGGACCCAAAGCGAUCGAUGUGAUGGCACCCUCCUCAGAAAGCAGCGUCCCCUCUCACAGUAUGUCCUCCCGACGGGACACAGACUCGGAUACCCAGGAUGCCAAUGACUCAAGCUGUAAGUCAUCUGAGAGGAGCCUCCCGGACUGUACCCCUCACCCCAACUCCAUCAGCAUCGAUGCCGGUCCCCGGCAGGCCCCCAAGAUUGCCCAGAUCAAGCGCAACCUCUCCUAUGGAGACAACAGCGACCCUGCCCUAGAGGCGUCCUCGCUGCCCCCACCCGACCCCUGGCUUGAGACCUCCUCCAGCUCCCCAGCAGAGCCAGCACAGCCAGGGGCCUGCCGCCGAGACGGCUACUGGUUCCUAAAGCUACUGCAGGCAGAAACGGAGCGACUAGAAGGCUGGUGCUGCCAGAUGGACAAGGAGACCAAAGAGAACAACCUCUCUGAAGAAGUCUUAGGAAAAGUCCUCAGUGCGGUGGGCAGUGCCCAGCUACUGAUGUCCCAGAAAUUCCAGCAGUUCCGGGGCCUCUGUGAGCAAAACUUGAACCCUGAUGCCAACCCACGCCCCACAGCCCAGGACCUGGCAGGGUUCUGGGACCUGCUACAGCUGUCCAUCGAGGACAUCAGCAUGAAGUUCGAUGAACUCUACCACCUCAAGGCCAACAGCUGGCAGCUGGUGGAGACCCCCGAGAAGAGGAAGGAAGAGAAGAAACCACCCCCUCCGGUCCCGAAGAAGCCAGCCAAAUCCAAGCCGGCAGUGAGCCGCGACAAGGCCUCAGACGCCAGCGACAAGCAGCGCCAGGAGGCCCGCAAGAGACUCCUGGCGGCGAAGCGGGCAGCUUCUGUGCGGCAGAACUCAGCCACCGAGAGCGCAGACAGCAUCGAGAUUUAUGUCCCGGAGGCCCAGACCAGGCUCUGAGACCAUGCAGGAGGAAAGAAAUGAUUUUAAAUCAUUAAAACCACAAAAACUAAGUGCGAAUGGAACAGUUUUCUCAACCUUUGCUAUGGUUAUUCUGUCUAGAGACCCUGAGCCAACUUUCAAAUUGACGCAUACAAGGGCUCACAUUUGGCUUUUUUGGGUCCCUCCCAGCUUUAGGUUAUGAAAAUUUUACUCACAAAAAAAUCAACAAAAAUCACGAAACUAGAAAACUUUUUUUUCCUCUUGCUGGCCGUGGUGGACUAGAUAGAUGGACGUCGGCAACUCCCGGCCCAGCCUCCAGACUGCGGUCUUUUUACUCCUUCUAUCUGACGAGAACUCACACUAGCUUGUUUACAAGAUGACGACAGUCCGAGGGCAGCCUUGGGCACCUGCCAUGUUCCCUCCUCCUUUCCCCGGCUACCCCCUGCUCUGACCUUGGAUUUUCAUUCUUAUGUUUUUCUCUUUUCCCUUCAGAGCUCACACAGUGGUCACCAUUGUGGCAAGCGGCUUUCUGGGUCUCAGCCCUCUCUGCGGUUUGAGGGCCCAGAGGACAGAGAGAUGGACACGCGUCCCCUCCCUCCCCCCGCCAAGUGCUCACACACAACCUCACACGCGCGCACACACACGCAGAUGGAGGCGCCUCACUGGGAGGUGCCCCGCCAGCCCUGGGCAGUGUCAGGCAGGACUCACCACUGAGCAGAUGAGGGAGGUUUUAGUCUUGGAGGGGGAAAUGAGACGAAGCCACAGUUAUCACACUCCAGACUCCCGCCUUUUUAUUCUCUCCAGCCCCUUCUUCCUUCAGCAAAAUCUGGGACUCAGAGUGGCUUCCAAGGGGCUGUCUGUCCUCAGCCGCGCCUGUGUCUGGUGCCCGAGGGGCGGGCGGCGGUGUCUGUAUGUAUGUGUACAUAUGCACAUAGACCUUAGAGUGUAUAUUUAACAAACGCCCAUCUGCUCACCCAUGCCCACCCAGCGCCGCCGCCGCUGGCUCUCGGGGCACCUGGCAGGAGGCGGGUGUGUGAAUAGCAUAUAUUUUUACAUGUACUAUAUCUAGGUGUGUGUACAAGUGUGUGUAAAAAUACAUACCUUGUGUGUAAGCAGCCCUCUUUUAUUUUCGGUCUCUACCCCCUCCCCCCUACUCCCAAGGGCCCAUCUGCCCAGUCUCUGAGUUUUCUUUUUUUUUUUUUUAACCCCAAUUAUCCUUCUCUCUCUCCUGCCCCCCAAUCCCACUCCCAGGGUGUCACGAGCCCUGAGCUGCAAUGGCCUGGGCCUGCAGGGCAGGGUGGGGGAGGGCAGGGGCUCAGCCCCGAAGCCAGCUCAGUACCCGAGGGGCUGCUCUACGCUGUGUAUGCGCCUCUCUGGCAUCCGAGACAUCCUCUUGGCUGGCGCUUGCUGCAGGGGGGACUCCCCCAGGUGAACCAAGGGCCUGCUCCGGGGCCCAUUUCCAGCUUGGCCGCCGUCUGUGACCUUGGGCAAGUCACUUGACCUCUGUGUGCCUCAACUUCCUCCUCUGUAAAACGGGGACAGUCCCUGCCCCUCCCUACCUCACAGGCAUGUUGUGAGAAUAAAUGAGGUAACGUGUA